AUCACAUCGUGUGCAUGUAUGCAUGCAUUUCGCAAUUGUCCAUUUUAUCUUCUGAGAUAUAGAUCUGCUCUUCAGUGUCAGUCAUUACGAUUUUAUCGAAUUUUACCAAUAAAAUCCUUAGGCCACAUAUUAUGUAUUUGUGAAAAAGACUGUAGUGUAAGGGUCUUUGUUUUUAAACCUGUCGGGAGAUAAAAUUGUUUGUGCUGUUAAAUUUGUGGGCUCGGUGUCUUGGAGAUUGCUAUCUCCAAAACGCUGUCGGGUUGCAGUGGUUCGCCCGAACGUUCAGGAUGUGGGAAGAGGGUAGCAGCUCGGCGGCGGAGGCGGCUGGCGACAGCAAGCUGUUCGCGGACGGCACAAAGCAUCAAGACGCAGUGUUCAACGAGCUGAUGCGCGAGUGCAAGCACAGCGCCCCCGGCGCCCGCCUCUCCGCGAGGCUCAGGACCUUACUUGAAAGGAUGUCACCGGCGGAGCGCCGCGCGGUGGUGGGGCGCACCCGCGACGGCUGCGCACCUUUGUUCGUGGCGUGCAAGCGGGGAAACGUGGAGCUGGUGGAGUAUUUGGUCCACGUUUGCGACGCCGACUUAGAGCAGCGCGGCGUGUAUGAGGUCCCGGACGACCACUCGGUUCAUACCGUGACCCCGCUGUGGUGCGCGGCUGUGGCCGGGAGGUUGGAGGUGUUGAAGGUGCUAGCCGAUGCGGGCGCGGACGUGAACGCGGGCUCUGACAGCGGCUCGACGCCCGUACGAUCGGCGUGCUUCAUGACGCAUUUGGAUGUGGUGCGGCUGCUAGUCCAGCGCGGCGCGGACAUCCACCGGCCGAACCACAACGGCGGCACGUGCCUCAUCAACUCCGUGCAGUCGGCGCGCCUCUGCAGCUUCCUGCUGGAGCACGGCGCGGCGCUGGACGCUCAGGACAUGCAGCUGAAGACGGCGCUGCACUACGCGAUCCAGGAGCACCGCGUGGAGACGGCGCGCCUGCUGCUGCAGCACGGCGCCAACCCGCGGCUGCGCUCGCGCGCCGGCGACGACGCGCUGCGCACCGCCUGCCUCAAGGGCGCGCACCAGAUCGUGACGAUGCUGUGCUCGCGCGUGCGCUACACGGCGGAGGAGAUGGCGGACGCGUUCGAGCUGCUGGGCUCCACGCAGCUGGACGAGUUCAACGACGUGAGCGCCGCGCUCGCCGCCUACCGCCGCGCCACCGCCAUCCGCAUGUCGUGCCCGGGCGGCUACUGCGAGAAGCGGCCGGCGCUGGAGCCGCCGCGCGCGCUGGGCGGCGCGCGCGAGUGGCGCUCGCGCGGCUCGCUGGACGCGCUGGCCGCCGACGUGGACGCGCUGCGCGCGCAGGCGCUGCUGGUGGCGGCGCGCGUGCUCGGCGCCGGCCACAGGGACACCGUGCUGCGCAUCAUGUACCGCGGCGCGGCCUACGGCGACGCGGGCCGCUACCAGCGCUGCAUCGACCUGUGGGGCUGGGCGCUGCGCCUGCGCGUGGCGCGCGACUCGCUGCUGCACGCCGACACGUGCCACACGGCGUGCGCGCUCACGCGGCUGCUGCUGGACGCGGCGGCGGGCCGCCUGGAGCGCGCGCGCGGGCUGCCGCGCUUCGCGGACGUGGCGGCGGCGCUGGCGGCGCUGGCCGACGCGCUGCCCGCCGCGCGCGCCGCGCUGCGCCCGCGCCCCGUGCACAAGCGGCAGGCCGAGACCUUCGACCGCAUCCUGCGCUGCGUCACGCACCUGGUGUACCUGCUGCCGCAGACGGCCGGCGCCGCCCAGCUGCCCGAGGCCGAGGCGCUGGUGCGCGCGCUGGUGGCGCGUGACAUCCGCAGCGCGCACACGGGCGACACGCUGCUGCACCUGAGCGUGUCGCGGCUGAACGUGGUGCGCUCCACGUACUUCGAGGAGGCGGCGGCGCCGCCCGCCUUCCCGUCGGUGGCGGCCGUGCGGCUGCUGCUGCGCUGCGGCGCCGACGUCAACGUGCGCAACGAGGCGCGCUCCACGCCGCUGCACGUGGCCGCCAUUCCCUACAACUUCUCCACGGAGCUGGUGGAGGCCUUGCUGGCCGGCGGGGCGCACUUGGAUCAGCCGAACAAGUUCGGGGACUCCCCGGCGGAGCUGGUGGCCUUGAACCGCGGCUCCCGCGUGCGCGUGCUGCGCCACGUGUCGCUGCGCUGCCUGGCCGCGCGCGCGCUGAUCGCGUCGCAGCAACAUGUGCCGCGACAUGUGUUGCCCACGGAGUUGUACGACUUCCUGGAACUUCAUCGCUCCUAGAUCUCUCGCGAUGAAACCGAUCCAGCUCUUGACAGAACCUGUUCUUCCCAAACCUUCAUACAUACACAUAUCACGUUUGAGAAAGAUAAUAGAAUCACAGAUUUGAAAUAGAAAGUACAACAUAUGGUAUUUAUUUUCUUAGACUGUUGAAAGAUUUGAUCACAAAAAUUUUUAACUAUCAUCCUACUUGGUCAUCAUCUGUUACAAACACAUUAAAUUUAUUGCACGAGACGAUCAUAAAAUGUUGAACUGGUAGCGGGAGCGAUGACUCGCCCUGAGGCUCCGCGCGCCGGGCGGCGAUGUUGAGUCGGAGCUAGUAUUUAUGAAAUAAAUAUUAUCCAUCCGUGAAAUUUCUAAUAUCGCGAUUACAUACACGCUGAGACAGGCUGGCUGGUGUGACGUUUGAGAUGUUCGCCAUACAUUCAUGGCUGCUAUCGGCGUCGUAUUCGCAACAGUACUCCCGCCCAACAUAAGGGGUCAUCGCCCCCCCUACAAACUAAAUAUAAUAACGAUUUAAUUAAUUAUUAUCAAACAAGAAAAAGAAAAAAAAAGAAUAGGCUCGUAUAUAGUUAGUGUAUUUAUGAUAUAGUUCAAAUUAAUGUUCUACAAUAGAUUGAGUAAUGGAUUCUCUUUAAAAUUUACGGGAAUCACAUAGACUACAAAGAGAUUAUCAGUUUGACCUUUUAUGUGUGUGAUGAUAUUGGGAAUUGGAUGAAGUAGUUAGGCUUUCGAGAACGUGUAUUAAAUUUAAUAACUACCUAUUUCUCGGAAACAAAGUCAAAGCGAGAUGGUGCUUUCUGAUUAGAAUAAGGUAAGGUUCCAACCUAGGGAACGGUCCAAAUUUCUUCGAAAACGGUUCAGAAGAUUAGAGAUUUAGGUAUCGGAAGACGUUUACAUUUGGAGCUGGUUUAUUUUUUUAAAGUUUGCUCAGGUAACCUUCCUGUGACUGACACUCAUAUACUAAGUCGGUCACGGUCGGAGGUGAACCUCAUAAUAAAGGCUUUAAAAAGCGUGCAAUCAUAUAUGCCAUUAGUAAUUAGUGUUAUUUGUUACAUACAAUCACGCCUGUUUCCCGGAGGGACAGGCAGACGCCACAUCAUUGUCGCCAUCCCUGCCGUUUCGUGGGAACAGGCGUGAUUAUAUGUAUGUAUUUUAUCCUAUAUUAGUUAUUAGAACAGCGUCAAUCGCGAUCGUAAUCUCAAAUAAUCAAAAACAAAAUGGCGCUGCGCGCAUUGGAUCUCAUUGCUGUUGUGAAUCUGUUUGAUUUUAAAUUAUCAUAUUUAUUAAAUUUAGUCGUAAUCGUAAAUGAUCCCAUGUAAACUAAAUUGUGUCUAAAUAAAACUAUAUUUAAUUC